UUUUUUUUUUUUUUUGGUACCAGGGAUCAAACUCACAACCUCAUGUUUGCUAGGCAGGGGCUUAUGCUGCUGAGCUAAAUUCUCAGCCCUAUAAGGUUAUGUUUUAUACCAUCUGAAAUUGUCUUACAUGUAAGAAGCAGCAUUAAGAACCCCACUUACUUUUCCCAUAGAUGAUUCCUUGACCGUCCUUUAAGAUUAAUAAACCACCUUUUCCAUGGAGAGUUUGUUUUCGAUGAGAAAAAAAAAAGAACAAGAAAAAUUAUAUUACAAAGUCCAGCAAAAUAACAUAUUUUUAUUAACUGAGUGAUGCUCUUAAUACAUUUUACCCAAGAGCCUCCCCCUCAUUUAAAUAUAUAUUUAAAUAAACAUUCAGGAAAAUGUACCUUGUCCUUCUUGGAUGCACAGUUGGAUAAGCAGCCACCAUGCCCAAGAUAGCAGCCCCAUCGUCUUUCUCAACAGAUGCCCCACUUAGUGGUUCACUGUGCAGCUUUUCAUCUUGAGGGUGAUGCACAGGAAAUACACGCUCAGUAGGAAUUGUGCCUCACAUUUCAACUUUGGAUCUUUUCCUGGACCAGUGAUAAGCAAUCAGCCCUCUCUCCAGAUGUGGAGCAACCAUGCGACUUGAGCCACAGCACCCAGCCCACCAUGAUAUAAUCACAAGGGGCAACGGCCAGAGCUUGACAGCGCUGUGCUGCUGAGCUGAGCUGUUAGCAGCUGAAGUGUUUAAAAUGCAGUUUUCGCACUGUGAUAUUUUCACCUCACGAUGGCUUGGUGGGAACAUAGCCCUCUCAUAAGCCAACAGAUAUCUCUGUCUUCUCUGCCCUGCCCUCUGCGGAGUAUACCCUCCCCAUACCCACUGCUGUUUCCUGCCCAUACCUUCCCACUUAAAAUUCCUGGGAAUGGUCGUAAGUGUUAAAGGCUCCCCAGGAGACCCUAAUUUGAGCCAUGGGAGCCAUUGCUAAAGGGUAUUGCUUCAUAAUUGGCAGGAACUUGCUUUGUACCAGAGGAUUCUGAGUUGUGAGCUGCAGGGGGCCUCGGGUCAGACUAAUAAUAGUGACAGUCUUGCGACAGACAGGUACCAGGCUGGGCCGGCUCUCUCACUCUUCACAGCAGUUGCAUGGAGUGAGUCUGUCAGCCCUUCUGAGAUUGAAGUUAGAGAUUGCAUACUUCGCCUGAAAUAGAUAGCAAGUGCACAGUGCAGCCAAGACUUGGGUCCCACAGGCUAAUUGCUCCUUGGCUGGAUACUCUUGCCUCCUGCCCCACAAAGUGGGAUAACCUGCCUCCACCAUACCAGCCUGCAGUGAGAAUCCUCAUCCUCUCACAUCCUCAGAAAGUUCCUAGUACAGCUUCUCACUUGGGACAUAAAUAUCCCUAAACUUUGGGGAUGAUUUGGUGGAGACCUCAGGUCAGUGAGUAGAGCAAGCCCAGUGCCUGGGGUGGGCUGGGUCAGGCUGGGUGUGCCGAAGUCCUCUGUUUCUGUUUGCUGAUGACAUCUUUCCUCCCUCAACGCUGGAUGGAGCCUCCUCUGUUUCUCCCCAUCUGAUCUCCUGUUUCUUCCUCUGGCUCUGGAGUUCCUGGCUCCUCUGACUACCUCUCUCCUAAAGUCUCCACCUCUCCCCUCUCUCACCUCAGCUUGGCCUCCGGAAUGCCCCCCGCUGCUGGGCAGUGAUCCAGCCCCUACUCUGUGCCGUGUACAUGCCCAAGUGUGAGAAUGACCGAGUGGAGCUACCCAGCCGCACCCUGUGCCAGGCCACGCGAGGCCCAUGUGCCAUUGUGGAGCGGGAGCGGGGCUGGCCUGACUUCCUGCGCUGUACCCCCGACCACUUCCCUGAAGGCUGCCCGAAUGAGGUGCAGAACAUCAAGUUCAACAGCUCAGGGCAGUGCGAGGCGCCCUUGGUGCGGACCGACAACCCCAAGAGCUGGUAUGAAGAUGUGGAGGGCUGCGGGGUCCAGUGCCAGAACCCGCUGUUCACCGAGGCGGAGCACCAGGACAUGCACAGCUACAUCGCCACCUUCGGCGCCGUCACGGGGCUCUGCACACUCUUCACCCUGGCCACCUUCCUGGCUGACUGGCGGAACUCCAACCGCUACCCCGCGGUUAUUCUCUUCUACGUCAAUGCGUGUUUCUUCGUGGGCAGCAUUGGCUGGCUGGCCCAGUUCAUGGAUGGUGCCCGCCGAGAGAUCGUCUGCCGAGCGGAUGGCACCAUGAGGCUUGGGGAGCCCACCUCCAACGAGACCCUGUCCUGUGUCAUCAUCUUUGUUAUUGUAUACUAUGCCCUGAUGGCUGGUGUCGUCUGGUUCGUGGUCCUCACCUACGCCUGGCACACGUCCUUCAAAGCCCUGGGCACCACCUACCAGCCCCUCUCGGGCAAGACCUCCUACUUUCACCUGCUCACCUGGUCACUCCCCUUUGUCCUCACUGUGGCAAUCCUCGCAGUGGCCCAGGUGGAUGGGGACUCAGUGAGUGGCAUCUGUUUUGUGGGCUACAAGAACUACCGAUACCGUGCUGGCUUUGUACUGGCCCCAAUUGGCCUGGUACUCAUCAUGGGGGGCUAUUUCCUUAUCCGAGGAGUCAUGACUCUCUUCUCCAUCAAGAGCAACCACCCUGGACUGCUGAGUGAGAAGGCUGCCAGUAAAAUCAAUGAGACCAUGCUGCGCCUGGGGAUUUUUGGCUUCCUGGCCUUUGGCUUUGUGCUGAUCACCUUCAGCUGCCAUUUUUAUGACUUCUUCAACCAGGCUGAGUGGGAGCGCAGCUUCCGGGACUACGUGCUAUGCCAGGCCAAUGUGACCAUUGGGCUGCCCACCAAGAAGCCCAUUCCUGACUGUGAGAUCAAGAAUCGCCCCAGCCUCCUGGUAGAGAAGAUUAACCUAUUUGCUAUGUUCGGGACCGGCAUUGCCAUGAGCACCUGGGUUUGGACUAAAGCCACUCUGCUCAUCUGGAGGCGCACCUGGUGCAGGCUGACUGGGCAGAGUGAUGACGAGCCUAAAAGGAUCAAGAAGAGUAAGAUGAUUGCCAAGGCUUUCUCCAAGCGGCGUGAGCUACUGCAGAACCCAGGCCAAGAACUGUCCUUCAGCAUGCACACGGUCUCCCACGACGGGCCAGUGGCGGGUUUGGCUUUCGACCUCAAUGAGCCCUCUGCUGAUGUCUCAUCUGCCUGGGCCCAGCAUGUCACCAAGAUGGUGGCUCGAAGAGGAGCCAUACUGCCCCAGGAUGUUUCUGUCACCCCAGUGGCAACUCCAGUACCACCAGAGGAACAAGCCAACCUGUGGCUGGUUGAGGCAGAGAUCUCCCCUGAGCUGGAGAAGCGACUGGGCCGGAAGAAGCGGAGGAAGAGGAAAAAGGAAGUGUGCCCCCUGGGCACAGCCCCUGAUCGUCACCAUGCUGCCCCCAGCCCUGCACCUGCCACCAGUGCCAUUCCUCGGCUGCCUCAGCUGCCCCGGCAGAAGUGUCUAGUGGCUGCAGGUGCCUGGGGAGCUGGGGAAUCCUGCCGCCAGGGAGCCUGGACCCUGGUCUCCAACCCCUUCUGCCCAGAGCCCAGUCCCCAUCAGGAUCCAUUUCUCCCCAGUGCCCCAGCCACUAUGGCCUGGGCUCAUGGCCGCCGCCAAGGUCUGGGGCCCAUUCACUCCCGCACUAACCUGAUGGACGCGGAGCUUAUGGAUGCAGACUCAGACUUCUGAGCCUGCAGAGCAGGACCUGAAACAGAAAAGAGCAAAAAACAUCACCGAGGCUCUGCUUCCUCUGAGUGCUUCCCUGAGAUCGUGUCUUCCACAGAACCUAUGGACCCUCCCCUGAGAGUUCUGUGUGUCCUGCUCAAAGCAGCAGGACCGUAGGAAAGAGCUGAGCGUUUCCAUGGGUGACCUCACCCAGGGGUAGGGCCCUGGGGCUCAGGAUUGUCCAUUCUGCCCCACUAGCCAGAGUCUGGCUGGCAACAUUGUCUCCAGCAGAGCUUAUGGUGGGGCAAUAAUAGCAGAGCCUCAGUUGACAGUACCCAGAGUGGACUAUGGUGGGCAAGGAGACACCAAGCCCAUGUCUGGCAGAUGAGGGAUACCUGCCCUUCUCUGUGCCAAUGGGUAUACUUUCCUGGCACUCUCAGACCAAAAGUUUAUUGUGUCCCUUGUCUAAAGUGGGGUAUAUGAGGUCAGAAGUGCCAUCUCUGUAAAGGCCAUAAUCCUGCCAAACAUUUGACCCUACCCCAAACUUGUUCUUGUUCUCCAGCAGCCUCCCCUCCUUUCCCUAUCUAUGGUUGUUUGGGACGCAGAACUGAAGUACACACAUGUGCGUGUGCAUGCAUCCCUUUUGCCACUGAGCUCCGUCUCCAGGUGAGAGACUGGAUCAGCUGUAGAGCCUUAGCCUGGCAUGGGACAGAAGCAAGGCAUCACAGGCACCACCAAGCCCCCGAGAGAGGUGUCAUCCCUUCUUCAUGUCCAUCCACUGGGGAUGGUCCCUUGGACUAGAAGGGUUACCCUGGGAAGCUGCUGUAGCUACAACCAGGGAAAAAACCUUUUUUCAACUUCCGUGACAGCUGAAGAGGAGAUUCCCAGCUUUCCUGAUCUCCAACCAUGUCCCUAGCACCCUGUAUUCAAGACCAGACAACAGGAAGUCUUAGAAGCUGGUUGGGUUCCACAUUGGGGAUAGGGCUGGGAAGAAGAAAUAUAAACAGUAAAUAAAAAGGUUUUUGUAUAAA